AUGAUAACCUUAUUUCCUGCCGAGAUCCGAAGCGGGGCGACGAACCGCGUGCUGGUCGGUGCGGAGCUGUGUAGGGAUGCGAAGUUCAUGGCGGCAACUACGGCGCUCGCAACGGGGAUUAUAGCGACGGCGGGGCGGCUAGAGAUGCUGCCGGGGUUUGUGAGGCCUGUAGCGGCGUGGUGGAUGCGCUGGGGAGAUCGGAGGUUGGGGGCAUUUCUGAAAUAUACGGACCCGAUCUUUGCGGAGCGGAGGCGGCGGCAGGGGACUUGGGGGAUGGGCGAGAAGCCGGAUGAUGCGUUUCAGUGGAUCUUGGAGGCUGCACCGAAGGGUGCGAGCCUUCGGGACAUGGCGUUUACACUCAUCUUUCUGAACCUGGCGUCGAUACAUACGACGGCGGGAACGCUGACGCAGGUGCUCUUUGACUUGUGCGUGCAUCCGCACUACCAGCCGCUGCUGCGAGAGGAGGCUGAGGAGGCACUUAAGGACGGGCUCUCUGGCAGCGCACUGGGAAGAAUGAAGAGGCUUGACAGCGUCAUCCGUGAAACACUGCGUAUGAGCCCAACUAAUGUUGCGGUCACCCCACGGAAGGUUAUCACCUCGCACACGUUCAGCGAUGGCACCCGCGUGGGGAGGGGGUCGUGGGUUGCGGAGCCUGUAAUGCACGCUAAUCGCUCGGGAGCGUGCUAUGAUAGGCCGGAUGUCUAUGAUGGCUUCCGCUUUGUGGAUAUGGCCGGCGGGAGAAAUCAGUGUGUGAGCACGUCGGUGGAGUUUUUGUCGUGGGGCCAUGGCGCGAGUGCGUGUCCGGGGAGGUUCUUUGCGGUCGCGGAGAUGAAGAUCGUGUUGGCGUAUAUACUCUGCAACUAUGAGAUUAGCUUCCAGCCAGGGAUGGUCGAGAGGCCGAAGAGCUCUACGGUGGGAAUUUUCCAGGUUCCCAAUACAAGUGUGGAGUUAGAGUUGAGGAAGAGGAAGGGGAGGGAGGAAUAG